GAGAUUAGAGUAUACAUAAGUCGGUAAAAGCCGGCAUCAAGAGUAACGUGCAAGGAACUUUUAACACAAAACCUUGACAACAAAAUCAUAAUUUUUUCAAAUUAUUUCAAUUAAUAAAACGAUCGGAUAAUAUUCUUAAAAAAUGAAACUUUUAACACAUAAUAUGUUAACUUCAAAAUGCUUGAAAGGUGUAACUGUUGGAUAUCCCCUUGGGAUUGUUGCAAAAGGUAUUAAAGUGUCAGAAGUAGAUUUUAAUCCAGAAUUUAUUGCAAGAAUAAUUCCAAAACUUGAUUGGGCUACACUUUGGAAAGCUGCAGAAAGUAUAGGACAUGUUGGAGAAUUACCACAGACUUUGAUUCAAGAUUUUGAAACAAAUGAGGAAUUUUUAAAAAUGGUUCAUCAUAUAUUAUUGGAAGUUGAAGUCAUUAAUGGAGACCUACUAUGUCCAGAAUCUGGCAGAAAAUUCCCUAUUAACGAUGGUAUACCAAAUAUGCUCUUAAACGAAGAUGAAGUUUAAUGAUUGAUAUUGCAGUAAUCAAAUUAGACGCCAUCUGUAUCUUUUCUUUUUACAAGUACUAGACAUUUAUAUGUUGUACAUAAAAUGUUUUAUUCUUUUUUAUAACAUAUAUAAUUUGAUUUGA